AUGUCCAGGGCGGAGGCAGCCCGGGUGCAGGCAGAUGUUUCCCGGGUAGAGACCCGGACCCUGCCGCCGCCGUACCUGCACCUCCCGGUGUUCGUGGACUCGAACCUGCCGCUGGUGCAGAAGGAGACCUUCUCCCCGGCCAGAGGCUCCAGGAAGGAGCCGCUCCCCGAGGCCGUGCGGGGGCUCCUGAUCCCGGCGGCGCUGCCCGGCACCAGCCCCCCCAGUGGGGCCCCAGCCCCGGUGGAGACCCGGUGCUGGAGGAGCAGGAUGCACGUCCAGGUGGACCGGAGCCUGCUGGGAACCGGGGAAUCCCAGCCGCAGCUCCGACUGGGAACGUGUCAGACCAGCAACUCCACCGAGGAACACCUUUACUUUGAGUACGACUUCGACACGUGUGGAACCAAACGCACCAUAGUUGAUAACCAAGUGGCCUAUUCAAACACUCUACGAUACGAUCCACCGAAGCUCCAAGGACCAAUCAGACGAGCCGUGCCCUUCACCCUGUCUGUGGCUUGUUAUUAUAACAGGUACCAGUACUCCUACAAGAUUGGCUACAAACCAAAGAUGCAGAUGCGCAAGAUCUUCAAAUCCAUGAAGAACAGAGCCAAAUUCAGUCUGACUCCACGAAAUGCUCAGUGGGAAAGACUUUCUCUCUCAGAUCAGUACGAGCUCGGUAAGCCCAUGUACUUUGAGGCCGAGGCCCAGCCCAUGUCCGUGGACAAGAGACUGUACGUCCACUCGUGUUACGUGACCUCCGAUAAGUCCCACACCUCCACGCUGCAGUUUCCAGUUGUGAAAAACUUUGGGUGUAUGGUUGAAAGCAAGGACAGUCACUCGAGAUUCAUCCCGUACAAAAACAACGCUGUGAGAUUCAGCUUGGAUGCUUUCCUGUUCAAGGGAAUGACGGACAAGCAGCUCUACAUGCACUGCGACAUGUCUGUGGGCAGUUCUGUGCCCUCACCAACAGCCAAGUCCUGCAACUAUGACCUGAAAGCAGGAAGAUGGGUUGAACUGUAUGGAUCCGAUUCAGUUUGCACCUGCUGCGACUCUGACUGCCGCUCGGCUGCGUCUCCAGAAAUGAAGCUGAAAUAUCCUGGAUUCGAGCGCCGCCAUCGUGUGGAUUUGGAACCAGGGUCCGAGCAGUAG